AUGCAGCAGGGCGGCAUCGAGAAGCUCCUUGGAAAUCUCAGGGACGCGCAAGUUCAGAAGAACAGGAACUACUUGAAGGCGAUCAUAUCUGUGACCGCCCUUUGCGCUCGCCAAUGUAUUGCCCUUCGCGGGCACGACGAGGGUUCCCUUUCGUCUAAACGUGGUAAUGUCCGAGAGAUCCUUGACGUCGUCGCCUAG